CUCUUCCAGGCCUCCCGGGUCUUUCAAAGAUCAUGGCCGGUGGCUCAGCGAUCCCACCUGCCGGUUGUUUCAGGUUCUGUGAAAGCCUAGGUCCUGUGGACGGGCCCCAAAUCCCCAGCACCCGAUGGACCCUUCCAGCCCAGAGCCAGCAGCCAAGGAGGCAGAGCCCUCUAGCCCGCCACCUGAUCCCCCUGGCGUUCGCCUCCGUCGCCGCCGCCCCCCUGCAGGGCGGGCUGGCUCCUCUGCCGUCUCCUCCUCGAGCCAGACGUUCUCCCCAACCACCCGCAAACGGGGUGGUGGGCCCCGAGGCUCUACACCAGGGGAGCCCCCUGAGGCUCCUGGGCCACCCGAUGGGGCGGAGGCUGAGGAUGGCGGUGGCGUCCUGUUGAUUGAUGCCCAGGGUGUUCCAUACACCGUGCCCCAGGCAGGUGAGGAGGGCGGGGGGUCCCGGGCCCGGCGGGCCCCACAUUUCUGCCCUGUCUGCCUUCGUGCCUUUCCCUACCUCUCAGACCUGGAACGGCACCGCAUCUCUCACUCAGAACUCAAGCCACACACCUGCCCAGCCUGUGGCAAGGCCUUCAAGCGGGCUAGCCACCUGCGAAGGCACCGGAACAUCCAUGCCGGCCUGCGGCCCUUCCACUGCGCCCUCUGCCCACGGCGUUUCCGUGAAGCUGGGGAGCUGGCCCACCAUGGCCGUGUGCACUCAGGCGAGCGUCCCUACCAGUGCCCCAUCUGUAGGCUUCGCUUCACUGAGGGCAACACCCUACGGCGACAUGCCCGUCGCAAGCACCCACCACCCCCAGAUUCUCCCAGCUCCCUUGCAGGCCCCGGCAUGGACCCACCCUGGCUGGAGGAAAUGGUCCCAGAGCUGUCCCCCAGCCCGGACCCUGCUCAGGGAGGCCCUGAGGAAGAUCUAGAGAAGUCCCCCAGCCUGGACCCUGUUCCUGGAAACCUGAAGGAGGAUCCUGAGCAAUCCCCCAGUCCAGAUGCUCCCCAGGCAGCCCCAGAAGAUCUGGAAGAAAAGCCAGAAUGAUGGUCCUGGCCCAGACCUUCCAUACGUGGACCCUGCAGAAAACCCUCCACAGGUUCCCUGCCUAGAACAAGCCAGCAUUAACCUGUCUGGGGUUGGGCCUGCAGAAGACCAAGAGUGAUCCUCUAGGUGGGAGCCUGCAGGAGACCAGGAACAAACCAGCUCGCCUGAUCAUUCCCCAUCCCACCCCCACCCCCAAGAAGACCCAGAGCAAUCCCUCUGGCUGGAUUUACCCUGGGCAGAGCCCAGGGAAGGCUGGGGGUGAUUCCCUGGCUGGGAGUGGCACCUGAGGAUCCCAAGGAGGCCAAGGGUCCCCAGAUCUGAAGUGGUUCUAGCUAAGCCACAGCUUGGAAUGAUGGGAGCCCAAGUGUCUGGGCAGGGAGGGGGGUGGGAGGUCUGGCUUUCAAAGGAGAGGUGAGACGCCUUUCUCAGAACUGGAUUGGGGGUGGAUAUGGGGCCAAGGAAAUAAAUGUGUUUGUCUGCCGGC